GUCUCUCGGCGUGUGGGUGAGUCGAAAGCGCGGAGGCGGAGGAGGAGGGAAAUCCGCGCUGCGUUUCCUCCUUUUCCAGCGCGAGCGCUGAUAUAAGUCAUGGUUUUACUCAUCGGAGACCCAAAUGAGCGCGAGAGACACGCACGCGGACUGAUCACUCUAUAAUAAAGAGAGAGAGAGAGAGACACACAGACACAGACACACAGAGGAUCUGGGUUCUACAGAGGACACUUUGGGAUUAACCCCGACAGCGCGCGCCUUUCUUCUUCUUCUCCUCCUCCUUAUCAUCUGUGUACAUUAUCCUCCUAACUGUCAGGAUGUCCGCCCCAGACGUGGAGAGUCUCCAGCCCGUCCCCCGGCAGCGCGGCAGGUGCCUGGACUGCUUCCUGCUCGGCUCCGUGAUCGCGCUGCUCGUGCUGGUGCUGCUCGGGGGCGCGCUCGGCUACUGGGUCGUGACCGACCUGCGGCGGGAGAUGGACGAGCGCUGUCCCCGCGCGCCGCAGGGGCUCGUGAGCGCGCUGAAGGAUGGCUCCGGGAUCGGCUCCAUCAGCUCGUCCUACAAGGGACAAAACUUCGCAUACCUAACUGCCAACGACAGUAAGUAAUCACUUUUACAUCUUUAUCUUUUUCUAGCUUUUAGAAUCUUUUAGAGGGUAAACUGUUGUCACACCUGACACAUCAUUCUAAAAAAAAAUUAAGCUUGUUUAAAGAUAUUGCUUUAACUUAGGAUUGUAAAAUAAUGGCUUCCAUACCAUAUAUGGAGAUAUAAACCACCUCGUCAGAUUUUUCAUACCAUAGUAACCAUUAUGUAUAAAACUAUUAUAACCUACUUUGAUGUUCUUAGUGUAGUUUACAAUAAUAUCAUAUUCAUGUUGCCAGUGCUUCAUGUUAAUUGCAUCAUCAGUUCUUUGUACAUAAAGGCUAAAGAUAUGCAGAUGACCUCAUGCACAAGCGCUAAGCGUCUCCCUGUAUGUUUCCUUCUUGCAGGUGAGCUAAAAGAUGGCAACAUGUUCUGGACGGACAUCAUGUAUGGAAGCACAAGCAGCAUAGGCUCAGGCUACAGCUACAAGUCAGGCGAAGCAUUCCUGACAGUGCUUAAGGAUGGUCCCUACUUCCUGUACACUCAACUGAACCUGACAUGCAUUGGUGUCUGUAGCAACGGAUCUGUCAUCAUCACCUUUUAUGAUGAAAAAAGUGAGCUCCUGUCCUGCGAACUUGACCUUUCCACGCCACCUUACAUCCCUAUGGUGAAAAAAUGUUACACUGUGAUCCCUCGUCUUACAAACGGAACACGAAUAACAGCCAAGAUGCAAAACAAAUUGGAAUCAGUUGACGGAUGGAAGCUCGAUCUCAACCACUCAGGAUUCGGCAUGUUCCUGGUGGACGGGCCGUAGAGGUGGACGCUUUUAUUGAGUGUAAACAACACAGAGUCUGAGGGUUAGCUAUAAAACUGUAAGCUGUCAUUUGGUGCUGAUUUAAAAGAAGCUUGAAGAGACCUGGACCUUGCACUUUUUAUAAAUUUGCUAACGUUAGACAUUCGUGUAUAUUGCGAUAGCAUCUUAUCCAUGCGAUACUGUAUAAUUUGUGAUGGAACUUCAAAUGGUUGAUGAUUUGAGCCUUCCACUGUAACAGUAUUAGGCAUCCUGGAGAUCGCGGUAUGUUGUACAGUCAACGCUGCUUACUCAGGAAGAACUUUCACAAAGCACUAUUUAUAUAUUUUAUAUAUAUAUAUAUUUUAUCAUAAUCUAUUUAUAACCUAUUUGUACAUGUGUAUUUUUUGUAUUUGUUGAUAUUUAUGGUAUUGUCUUUCAAAACUGUUAGACUGUAAGACAGUGGGUUAUUUUUACUGUUACACAGUAGCUGAAGAGUAGACUCCACUACAGACUAUAGCCACGAAGGUGGCUUAAGCCAGACACGAAGUGCCAGUCGCAACUUACUACGUGCCUUAAAAUUGGCGCCCAGGCGUCCUGUAUUGUCUUCAUGACGUGUCUCUCUGACAGGGACUGUCCAUGUAGGUGUGAAUUUAUAUUCAGGAAUGUAAUGCUAAUACGUUGUCAAUAAAAACAGACCUUAUUACAUUA